AUGAACCCAACUGCUGCUCGCGGAGCACUUAGGGCCGGGGGUGCCUGCGUGCGCUGUAGAAAGGGCAAGACUAAGUGUGUUUAUGAGAAUGGGAGACCGCCUUGCAAGAAUUGCGCGAAGGGAAUGCAUGAUUGCUAUCUACCGUCCGAGAGCCUUCAGCAUCACGGAGGAGGAAGCCCAGCGCGACAUGCCAGCCAUCCACAUCGCCCCCGCGACAAUGUUCCUGCUGUCGCUGCACCCACGGCUGAGAGACAGCCUGCCGUAGGCGCUGCUCCUACGCGUCACGCCCAGACGGGUUCCGACAAUAACCAAUAUCACUGUCACGGUCACCUUCCAAGUGGUUUGGCGGACAUCGCUCUUUGCUCUUCUCUACCCCCCCGGCCUUCAGCCUGCUCCCUUAGUCUUGUCAUUCUGACGGCUGGCCACCCCAAAACGAUUCUUCCUCUGAUCAUCCCUCGCCUUCUUGCCAUUCGCUCAUUACCGCGUUUAUUUGGUUAUUCUUCCCGAUUCGCAGGGAGCUUGGCUCCUCAAACCUGUGUCCGUCUUGAAGCCCCACAAUAUCGCCCUAUCAAGAAGACCUUUGCUAACGAAACCUCUAUCAGAUUGACGCCUGAACUCAUUGCUGAAUGUGAGCGCGUUGUGUCGAAGACCUUCCCGGCUUGCGUUGCGUUUCACAAGCCCUCCUUUGUUCAACAGCUAAAGAGCGCGUCUUUGGACGCUGCCCUGGUUUACGGUCUUUUGACCUGCGCAGCCCGGUACGUCACCAGUUCCGAACCCUGCUGCCCAAUUUCCUUCCCAAUUACUUUGGCUGGUCUCGUUUGUUACGCCGACCGUCGUCUCAUUUCCCACGUCGUUCUAACUCGCCCAUCCGCCCGGACUGUGGCUCCACACCGAUCGGUGCUACCAUCACCGAGUUUGAGCCAAUUCUUGCUGUCCGGGUUUGAGCCGAGGAUUCCCGAGUCACAUCUUCCCACAAUCCCCGCAUCCCCACAGUUGAAUGUUGUGAUGCUUCACGUUGCCAGUUUCGAUAUUCCAGAAAGCUCGCCUAGUCUCAUUCGCCGCUAUGGAGGACCUACACAGGCUGCCGAGACAUUCGCAGCCAAAGCCAUGACUCUUAUCAACCAAAACCUAGACCAUCCUAACCUCGUUGAUAUUCAAGCAUUGUGCUUGAUCAUUAUCCAUGAAUGGGGCUCACGCAAUGCCGUCAGAGCCUACAUCUAUUUGGGCCAGGCUGCGCGCAUGGUUCAGAUGUACAGGAUUUUGAACAGCCACCAUCCAUCCCCAGAUGCCGACCUCUUCCUACGCGAUGAAUCCCUUCGUCGUACAGUCUGGCUCAUCUACAUACUGGAUUGCCUUCUGACGAGCACUCCCGGUCGAUACUCUGCAUUGUCUCCUCAUGAUACUGCAGACGUCUCUUUGCCCUGUUCGGACAUCAACUUUGCAUUCGGCAACGCUGUGUUUGUCAAGACUCUGCGUCAGCAGCUCGACCCUAACGCCGUUCCACCUGGUCAACCCCCAUCCGAGAUUGGCGAGUUUGGUUACAUUGUCCUGGCUUCGACCGUCUGGCGCGACGUUGUCGCGAUGCUUACCACUACUACACUCGCAAACUUCCGCGAGGAGGACUGUAGUGACUUGGUCGCAAAGAUCGAAGGUCUCCGGGCAACUUUGCCGAUGCAGUUCGUGGAUAAGCCGGGUCAGAUUAACCUUCAUAUGACGAUGGGUUCCGGUUACACUUUUGCCAUGCUUCAUUGCCUUCUUCAUUGCGCUACGGUCUUUGUACACCGAAGACGCCUGUUGCAGGAGGUGACAUCUCCCAACUUCAACCUGGAAUCGUUCCGCCUCAAUUCUCGAUGUCACGAUAUCAUUGAUCGUCUCUUCACGUCUUGCCAUGGCACAAUUUCAUUGCUCACUGCCGUUGAGGCCGGCUCUGAGAAGGAUCACUCACCUUGUUUCCCGAUAUUUAUGCUCUUCUCUGCCUUCACCGCCAGUGCUACUGUAGCCUACCUGUCACUCAAAGGCCUUACGCCCCCUAAUGCUGUCGAAACAGCCGCGCACAUUGUCAAGGACGGUCUACGAUUUAUGAGUGACGGGACCGAGAACUGGCCUUUGAUGGGCAGUUGGUUGCGACACCUUACCGUUAUGCAACGUGUACUCAACAACGAUGCUGCGGCUGCUAAUGGCAGCAGUUCUCUGCGCCAUGGCUCAGCGUCACAUGGCGCAGGCGGCAUCAAGGACGAGAUUUCAUCCAACGCCGACACAAAUCCAGAUGCGAUGGAUUACGAUCAAGCCAACCGCGCAGGCAGCGUUUCAGGUCAAGGUCCCAACCGCUCCGUUUCCGAGUCAGUGCGUGGCGACAGUGAGCCUCCAGUUGUGCUUGCUCGGCGGCCUGGCAUCGCCACCAUCAACGGUGGCUCAGGGGGAGUAUCUACUCCUACUACUUCACCUCCUCCAUCAAAUACUUCACACGGUGUCAGUGGAAUGCCUGGUAUCAAACAGACCAGCCCGGAAAUGGCAAACGGAAUCGUGCCUCCUCAGGAUGGGCAGACUACAAGCCAGGACAUGACAGCGCCCGAGCUAUGCCAGGCUUUUGAACGACAACUUCUCGAUUUGGACGACUUGGCUGCAUUCAUGGGCGGGGGUGUCUAG